AUGGGCACGCCGCCAGACUCGCCGCCAACAAAGGCACAGCCGGCGCCGGCGCCGGUAAGGCCGCGGCCGAAGAAGACGGGCAGCUGGAACAGCUACCAGUUUGUCCACAGCCGCGGGUCCAGCACCAGCUCCCAGUUUGCCCACACGCUCAGCAUCGACGUCAACACGGUGGCCAUCCCUCUGUCUCCGGGCUCCCACAACACAGUCGAGGUGCCGGCUGUGCGGUCUCCCGACGCGCACGCCGCCGAGUACUUCCACAGCCUGUCUCUGUCGCCCUCCCUCAAAGAGCGCCGUCUGUCGCGCAACUCGUUCAGCGCCUCGCUGCCCAUCCCGCGCUCCAAGCGCCAGUCGCGCCUCAGCAACGUCGCCUUCCCCGACGUGCAGGCAGCCCUCGGCGCGGUGCGGCCCGGCAUGCCGCCGGUGCAGCCGACGCGCGAGAUCCUCAGCUCGCAGGUGCAGGACGUGCACAGCGAGAUGGCGCGGCGGGCCAAGAACAUGGCCUUCGUCUUCGACAUUGACGGCGUGCUGGUGCACGGCGACCGCCUGAUCCCCGAGGGCCAGCGCGUGCUCGAGAUCCUCAACGGCGACAACCAGCUGGGCAUCAAGAUCCCCCACAUCUUCCUUACCAACGGUUCCGGCAAGCCCGAGCUAGCCCGCACCACACAGCUGUCCGGCAUCCUGCACAACCCAGUAUCCACGGAGCAGUUCAUCCAGAGCCACACUCCAAUGCGCGCCCUUGCGGAGUACUACAGCACGGUGCUGGUGGUGGGUGGCGAGGGCUAUCGCUGCCGCGAUGUUGCCGAGGAGUACGGCUUCAAGGACAUCGUCGUGCCCAACGACAUCAUCGCCUGGGACCCGACCAUUGCGCCGUACCGCGUGUUCACCGAGGAGGAGCGCGCAUCGUCGCGGCCGCGCGACUUUAGCAAGAUCAACAUCGAGGCCAUCCUCGUCUUCUCCGACUCGCGCGACUACGCGACGGACCUGCAGAUCAUCAUGGACCUGCUGCGGUCGCAGAACGGGCGGUUGCGCACGGUGGCGGCCGACCCCGAGUCGCAGCGCAUUCCCAUCUACUUCUCGCAGGGCGACUUCCUGUGCCCCACCGAGCACCCCAUCCCGCGCAUGUCGCAGGGCGCCUUCCGCAUCGGCCUCGAGGCCAUGUACAAGGCCCAGACGGGCGUCGACCUCGAGCGCGUCGUCUACGGCAAGCCCGAGCUGGCCACGUACAAGUACGCCGACGAGGUCCUGGCCUCCUGGAUGGACGUGCUGCACGGCGAGGAGCGCGUCCCCGAGAACAUCUACAUGAUUGGCGACAACCCUGCCUCGGACAUUGUCGGCGGCAACAUGUACGGCUGGAACACGUGCCUCGUGCGCACCGGCGUGUUCCAGGGUGGCGAGAACGACGAGGAGAACCCGGCCAACUUUGGCGUCUUUGCCAACGUGCUGGAUGCCGUCAAGACGGCUUGCCGCAAGCAGCUCGGCCACGACUUCCGCUUCGAGUGGUCUGACUCCAUGAACCCAGUCCUGCACGGCAAUGCUGAGGGCUCGUCGGCCAUCGAGUAG